UGCACUUCCGGUGUGUCCUGCAAUCACUGCUCCCCGGAACACACAUACUGCAGCUUAUAGUUCCGGACAGCGACUGGCAACUGGAAGAUCUCAUGUCUUUCCGUCGGGAACUUCGUGCUCUGCGCUAUGUUCAGCAAGGAAAUGUGCUCCGUCUCAAGUCAUAUCUGCGUCGACACCGCCACCUGCGUCUAGAUGAACCUCUGCCAGGGGCACAGAGCUUGCUGCAUGCUGCCUGUACAAUCCAGGGUGAAGCAUGUGCUGUUCUCUUGCUCCGCAAAGGUGCUGAUCCCAUGAAAUGUGAUGCAGCAGGCAACAAUGCUCUGCAUGUCGCAGCAAGGGCAGCAGAGAAAGGAGGGUGGACAGUGUACACAGACUUGGUGGUCCCAAUUCUCAAACGAUGUCCUCAGUCUCUAGAUGCUCCAAAUCUUCAUGGUACGACACCCAGACAGAUCCUUCGACGAGUAGAGGACCUCAUGGACUUGAGUUCCCAACGCAGUACAUGUGGUGGCAAGCCACCUGGUGACCAAGCCACAACUGUGGAAUCUUUAGAGUGGAGAAAUAAGCUUCUGGCAGAAUGUAUGGAUGAAUAUGAUGAGACGUUUGGACAAUAUGAAGAUGACUUUUCAGACCAACCUCCAGAUGUGGAGUCCUUCGAGUCCUGGGCUGAUCGUAUUUUCAGGGAGUAUAAAGCCAAAAAGGGCCAGGGCUCUACAGGCCGGCCUUCCUUCAGAUCCCAACAGGCAACAUCAAAGGGUACACAGCGGGACAUGCAAGAACAGAAGUAUCUGGAGAGACAGCAGCAAAAAGAAAGGGAGCUGCGGCAAGCACAGAAUGAGCGAUACCAGCAACGCUGCCAAGAGGUGUUUGGGGCAGCAGGCACAGCUAGUAAUACAGGAGAUGGCAAAGCAGAGGAUCCAGGAAAUGCCAAGGGAAGUGACUCAGAAAGAUAUGCUGGCACCAGGAAGGGAGAAAUCAGAGCUGGCAACUGCAAAAUAGAUCAGAGGACUGGUGCCCGUUUGUUGGGUUACAUUGACAUUCCAUGGCCUGUGCCAGGGGGAACCGCAGAUCAAAUGGCACAAGCGGUAGCUGCAGGUGCUGACUCCUCUGACACAGAGUUAUACAAGCGAUAUAUGCGGGCACAACGGGUGACUUGGCACCCUGAUCGCUUUUUCCAGAGAUGUGGGGCACGUCUUUUGGAGGAGGACAGAGAUCGGGUGUUGGAGACUGUCACAGCCCUAUCUCAGGAACUUAACAGAAUGGCAGAACAGGCAAAGUGAUAAAUGGCGAGCAUUGAUUGUCACUAUAGAGGGCCAGCCAGGAGUUUGCAUCACAUUUACAUCGAUUUCUGCUCCCUCCUGGUUCACCAUUCCCCUCUUAUAUUAUGGACACUAUGCUAUUCAGUUAUUCCACCAUGUUCUUACUAUAUUAUGUACCAUCUUGAUAACCUUUGUAUAAAUAAACACAUUACUUUCCUAAUGGAACUCAAGAAUAACACAUUGGUAACAAUCGACACAAAGAAACUGAAAAAAAACUUCCAACCAUGAACAAUUUCUUAAGCACUCUGCAUCUGAGCAUAUGGGUUUGGCAAGCUAGCUGGGUGUGUGGGUGCGUAUGUGCACAGUGCUAACUCCACCGUUUGCCAAUCACACCUUCUACUUAUCCGCAUUCAGAUUCCUACACAUUUGCUGAUAUGCCCAUGGCACACUCCCUCACAUACACUGUCUCAGUGUUCUGGAUUCCGGAUAAGUAUAUGGUUAUCUCAUACUGUGGAAGCUGUCUUAUGACAGGUGUAGUUCUUUGACAGUCCAGUUUGCUUGCAGUACUGAGUUUCUCUCGUAGAGCCUGAAGCUGCAUUUUCUCACAUGUUUGGUCAGUCUGUGGUUUUCUCUCAUUCUGAGUCACUGAAUUAGAUACACGGUUGCAAGAUGCUCGGAUGGUGAAAUAUGCAGAGACAACACCUGUGUUAUGUUUUGUACUCUAAUUUAAUUAAUGGCAAUGUUUAUAUUCGCAUGCAAUAAAUAUCUGCCAGA